AUGCGACUGGGAAAUGGCGGGAAUAAAUCUGAUUGGUUCAUUCCGACGUAACUUGCUGUUAAAUGUUAUUGUUUUAUUUAACUAAAAUUGAUUUACUUUUGUCUUGUAUGUAGUAAGUAGUAUGUAGUAUUAAUAAUUACUUUCUGUGAUGUAAAAUUUUCUAGUUUUGUAAUUUAAUAUAAUUUUCAUAUUCAUCUUUUUUAUAUUCCUUUUUGCAGAAUAUUUGAUCAUUAACAAAGUGAUCUUCAAUUUUGUACAAAACUAACCAUUUUUUUCAUUGUGUAAUCCUUCUGAGAUAAAUUUUUAAAUAAUUUCCAAUAAAACUAACAAUCAACCAAUCAAGAUUAACAUAACAGUGCUUGACACUUUAAGGUUAAAUAAGGUUAUGUUAAAAGGAUAUUUAAACACGUGGAUCAUCGCAGUAGAAUAUUGUCUGAUAUAUUUGAAUAUCGAUUUUGAACUAUAACGGAACUUUAAGCAUUUUUAUUUACGAUAUUAUUAUUUACAAUUGUACGAUAUUUUUCAGUUGUAAAAUUAUAAGAAAAUAUAAAUAAAGUAAGUAUAAAUAUUGAAAUUGGUUAUAAGGCACUAUUACUUUAUAGGAAUAAGAAUAUACUUUAUAGGAAUAAGUAUUUGAGCAUCAUCUUUUUUUAGCAUGGACGAAUUAUUAAACGACAAACGAUUUGCUUAUGUUGCAAGGGAUCCUAAAUUUAAAAGGAUUCCAAAAGCAGAAAGAAAAGUUAAAAUAGAUAAAAGAUUUCAGAGUAUGUUCAAGGAUAAAAAAUUUACAGUUCAAUAUACUAUAGACAAACGAGGUAGACCUGUAAAUCAGACAUCGUCAGAAAACCUUAAAAAGUAUUAUGAUUUAUCGAGCAGUGAAGAAGAAAAUGAUGAGGAAGAACAUGAAAAACCAAGGCAAAAAGAGAAGAAAUUUAGAAAACAUAAAAAGAAAGGAAGUACAAAAAAUAAAACUUCUCGAUCAAAGGAAAGUAAUCAAAAAAAUAGUACAAGUGAGGAUGCUACUGACUCUCCAUUACUUGAUAAACAAUUAUUAUCUGACAAGUCAGAUUUAUUAAAUAAUGAAGAGUCAAUAUCUAGGAUUAAACCAAAAGAAGAGAGUGAUGCAAAUUCUGAGGAACAAAGUGACACCGAGUCUGAAUCAGAUAUAGAUGACCUAACUAAUGCAAGAAACUUAAAGUUAGAUUUAAAAGAAAGUAAAAGACAAUUGAAUAUUAGAAGUAAAUAUGGAUCUGAGAAACUCACAGAUGACAUCAAAGCAAAGUUAAGAAAUUUAUCUGUAAAUUAUGCUAGAGGAGAAGGAUUUUUAAUGACAGACAGUUCCUCCGACGAAGAAAGUUCUGAAAAUUCUGGUAAUUAUUUAAUAACAAUGUACAUUUACCAUUUAGAUGAAGAUAUCGAACAUAAUUGGGGUGAAUUAGAUAAGGAAGCUGAAACAACAGAGGAAAUUACACACAGAUUAGCAAUUUGUAACAUGGAUUGGGAUAGAAUUCGUGCUGUAGAUCUAAUGGUUUUAUUCAAUUCAUUUUUGCCUACUGGUGGUUUUAUUCAUUCAGUUACUAUUUACCCAUCAGAAUUUGGUCUACAAAGAAUGAAAGAGGAAGAAAUUAAAGGUCCAAAGGAACUGACGGACAUAAAUAAGGAAAGCGAAAGUGAAAAUGAUAAUGAAGAAGGAUCAGCAUAUCAUAUGGAAAAAUUAAGAGAGUAUCAACUAAAUAGAUUAAAAUAUUAUUAUGCUGUUGUUGAUUUUGAUUCUGCUGAAACAGCAAAUAAAAUUUAUUCUGAUUGUGAUGGUACAGAAUAUGAAUCUACAGCAACAAAGUUAGAUCUCAGAUUUAUACCAGAUAAUAUGGAAUUUCAUCAGACUCCUAAAGAGGUAUGUAGUAAACUACCAGACCCUACAAAAUAUCAGCCAAGACAAUUCAUAACUACAGCUUUGCAACAAGUUAAAGUACAGUUGACUUGGGAUGAGACGAAUCCUGAAAGAAUGGAAAUUGCACAAAAACUGAAUUCAGGAAAAUUGAAUGAAAUUACUGACAACGACUUGCAAGCUUAUUUAGCAACUGAGUCAAGUGAUAAUGAAUCAGGUAAAGAGGAAGGAAAGAAAUCUCAAAAAAAUGAAAGUGAUUCAGAAGCAGAAGAAAAUGUUGAGCCAAUUGAAAAAUAUAAAGCUUUAUUAAAAGAGAUAGAAGAGAAAGAAGAAAGCAAACAGAAAAAAGAUGUUGAAUUAGAAUUCACUUGGGGAUUGGGUACAAAAGAGAAAGCUGAAAAAUUGGUACAAGAAAGAUUAAAGAAAGAACAAAAACUUACGCCAUUUGAACAAUAUUUAGAGAAACGGAAAGAGAAAAAGAAAGCUAAACGAGAGGAGCGAAAAAAACGUAAAAAUACAGAUAAAGAUGCGCUGGACAGUGAAAAUUCAGAAAUGCUUUCUUCAGAUAAUGAAAUUGAAAAUAAUAAAUUGUCUUAUAGGGGGAAAAACGCUAUAGGAAAUGAUAGUUUUACUUCAUCGGAUAGCGAGGGCAAAGAAAAACGUAAAGCUGAAUUAGAACUUCUAUUAAUGGAUGAAAAUGAUGGUGAUAAGCAACAUUUCAAUAUGAAGAAGAUUGAAGAGAACGCCACAAUGACGAAGUCUAAACAGAAGCGGUUGAGUAAGAAAAAAAACGGACAAGAUGAAAUAAUAAAAGACAACUUUGAAGUGAAUCUGCAAGAUUCAAGAUUUGACGCAUUAUAUACAUCCCAUCAUUUUAAUAUCGAUCCAGCAGAUCCACAUUAUAGGAGAACCAAAGGUAGCGAAGCUCUAAUUAAAGAAAAAUUGAAAAGAAGAGUUGAUAGUGAACAUAAUGAAGAAAUACCCGCUAAAGAAAUAAAACUGAACUCUAAUACAGAAUUACAGUCAUUAAUUAAGUCAGUGAAGAAAAAUGCCAAAAAUAUUUCAAGGCCUAUAAAAAAAUUUUGAUCGAGUUUCCCUUCUCCUGCGAUCCACGAGAAUGGUAUCUCACUUCUAUGGCACCACCUUCCCCUCCCCACUACAGCGACCAUGGACUGGAUUUAAAGCAGUGGAAAAUACAUAACAAUAAUAUUGGUAGUGCAAAUAAGCCAGUUAUGGAAUUCUCAUGA